UGUGUAAUAGGUUUCCACAUGCAAGGGUAUUGUGAACUGAAGUUCUCCCUUAUUUUCUGGCCCCUCUGAUGUAAUUAGCCAUCCAUUUGUAAUUUUCUAGAAAAUGAUAGCAUUCUUGAGAAAUACAGUCGACUGUGUAUUCAUAUUUAAUAAAAAGCAGAACUGCCUGGCUUCCUGUCAAUGUAAACCACAAACACUUUUUUUUUUUUUUUCCAUUUAGACAUUUCCUUUUAAAGAAUGCAGAGUCAAUAGAGGUUCUUUAUCUGAUCUGCAGCCAGCGAGGCAGCAACAACUUACUCAACAUGAAAUGCCAUUUCAAUGGAACUCUGCUGAUCAGCGUGCUCCCGCCGGUGUUGGUGACAGAGUCUAUUUUUGGAAUCCUUGGAAAUGGUUUAGCUCUCUGGAUCUUCUGCAUCCACCUGAGGCCCUGGAAGAGCAGCACGGUGUUACUCUUCAACCUGGCGAUGGCUGAUUUUCUGCUCAACCUGGCUUUGCCUUUCCGUGCCAGCUACUACAUGUCUGGGAUCAAGUGGAUGUUUGGAAGCAGUAUGUGCAACAUCUGCCUCUUCAUGCUGGCGAUGAACCGCAGUGGAAGUACCUUCUUCUUGAUGGCUAUCGCUGUGGACAGGUACAUGCGUGUGGUGCAUCCCCAUCAUUCCAUCAACUCUCUGAGCAUCUCCAGCGCCAUGUGUGGAGCACUUGCAAUAUGGCUGAUCACCAUCGUAAUGACAGCUCAUGUCUUCAAUCUGGAACACGUCAACACAACCUACUGUGAGAGCUUCAUGAUUGACACUGAAGCCAAACAUGAUCUGAACUGGCACAAGUUUGAGUUUCUCUUCUCCUUCUAUAUGCCUCUGCUGGUGAUUCUCUACUGCACAUUCCACAUCAUUGACCACCUGAGGAGGAGACAGCUGGCCCAGCAAGCGAAGAUUAAGAAGGCUCUGUGGUUCAUCGCAAUAGUGGCGGCGCUCUUCAUCUCUUGCUUCCUCCCGAGCAACAUCGUGCAGCUGCUGCUUUGGAUCAAGACCAUCCGAGCAACCAACACCCUCCCCGAAUCUGAAGUCUGCCCGGCUCUGGAGGAGCUGACCACCGCGUUUUACACCAGCAUCAGCCUGACCUAUCUCAACAGCGUGUUGGAUCCUGUAGUUUACUACUUCUCCAGCCCGACCUUCAAGAACAUCUGCAGGAGAGCUCUUCAUCUGUCCCACACAGAGAGUGUUGAAAGUUCAGAGAGGAAACCUCGAGAAACAGGCUCCCAGUCGCUCAGCCAGCUGUGAUCACAAAAAUCAAGGAAAUCAUGGAGAUGGAUGCAGCUCCGUGGCCAGGAUUAUGAUUGUUGUCUUGAUUGUUUGCAAAGUUCUCAUAUAAGUGCUACAGCCAGCAAUGUGCUAUUUUUACUUCUCUUAUCCAGUAGUUAUCCAGUAUAUAUUGACUGCACUGAAAAAAAAGUAUUGCCCUUUGGAAAACAUAUGCUAUUGUAAAGUUGUGUUAUUUUUUUACUUCUCUAUAUAUUGACUGCACUUUUCUAAAUAUGUCUUUUGCAAAACAUAUGCAUAUUGUAAAACUUUGAAAUAAUUUAUGUUAAUGUUAAGUUGUAUUAAUGAAGUCCUAUGCAUUAACCAGACGUUGUUUUCAUACUUAUUACAUCAUAGGAAUAAAAUGUAAUAUUGUGAUUCUGAGAAAACUGUAUUAUAAUUAUGGAAACACACAUAUCAUCUGUUAAAAAUCUCAUAAUGUCCCAUAGCUUUCUCUUAUCAGGUGUUCUAUGAUCAUAAUGAUACCAAGUCAUAUUAAUGAGAUAUAUGAAGGUCAUUUCUAGAUUAAAAAAAAAAAAAAUCUCUCCAAAUGUUUUUUAUUUGGAUAAUGCAAUGUCCACCUUGUUGGAACAAGUAUAGAUUUCAUUAAAAGAUGUGGCAUGUU